CUACACCAACAGAAUCUCGAGGAUCCCUAGUACCUGAAACAAAAACGGGCGUUUUUUUAAUUUAUCAUUUAAAAAAAUUUGUUUUCGAAACAAACGACCUCAUCAAUCAUUCAAGAACAACAAGAGAUGAAACCACACGCACAACUCCAGACGUAUCUAUAGAGCAUUAUUUUGUUGUCUUCAAUGUGAUAUGGAUUUUAAGAUGAACACAUAAUUUAAAAACCAAACGGAUCAUAUCCUGGAAAACCAUGGUAGAUCUAGGAGGUUAUGUUAUAAUAUUGGUUGAAACUAAGGAUAAGCGCAUCAAACUAUACGGGUCACCUGCUGAUAAAGACAAUUUGGAGGUAGGAGAUGAAAUUCUUGAGGUGAAUGGUAAAACAUUAGAAGAAGCUACGCACACAGAAGUAAUCAGUCAUAUCCAUCAGUGCAUAAGAUCAAGAACAAUAUGUCUCCGAGUCAAAAGAAGAACUACCCCUCGUUUGGCUUUGGACCUAGACCUGUGCUCAAGCAACGUGCAAGAUGCCUUCGUCAUUGCAGUCGAGCAACAAGCCAGAGAACGUCUUCAGAGGCUCUCAGCUCUCAAACGAAUUACGCCUGUGGAUAUGACAAAACUUUCGAAAGAGUUGAAUCAGCAGACGAAUUCAUCGGCCAGCGAAGAUCUCAACGGUUUCAUCCAGAACACCCCAAUCUACGUCACUUCCCUAGCGUCCACAGAAAAUACAAACAACAACUCCACCGGAAACAGGUCGGAAGGCGGCGCGAACGCAUCCCUGCCGACGGAGACCAAAGAGGUGACCCUCAACGCCACCAAUCAGCUUCCCAACUGCAGCGCGGAAGAAAAAAGUGACUUAAAAUCCGGCAACAGUGCGAGCCAAGUCGCGAACCAAGUGCCGAACGACGUGCGCGUGUUAAAUCUGAGUGAUAGCCAGGCCGAACCUGCGUCCGAACCUGCGCAGCAGCAAGAAGGACGAAGGCUGCAGGACAGGAGAGUGUCCUCUCCGUUCCAGAAUGGACGCACGGAGUUGCUGAUAGGCGCAGAAGAUAAUAAGUUGAAAACGACCGCUGUUAUCGAGAGCAAUAACAACAAUAAUAAACUAGGAGUCGACGGAGAACUGAGGCCACGGAGAAGGUCUGGCAGCAGCAUAGUAGUCCUAGACGGAGAUUUGGACCCUGUCAAAAAACCUCCGGACGACUUAGAUGACAACCUAGAUUAUAACAGCAUGGUAAUGAUGUUGUCUGGUGAUGGACCGCACAGAGAAAUGGCGGUCGAUGUUCCUGACAGUUUUGUGGCAAGGAACAAGACGCCUCCUAGGUAUCCCCCACCCAAACCAGUAUUAACAGUAGCGUAUGACCGACUUUUAGGAGUAACAUUCAAUGAAACUGACCAGGAACGUGCCGUAGAUGUACCGGAUAAUUUUAUAGAAAGAAAAAAAACUCCCCCAAAAUAUCCUAUAUCAGCUAAUGCGGUCAAGAGUGGUCUUAACGGAACUGCGACAACCCCAGCUCAAACACCAAAUUCAAAACCUGUACCACCUCCAAGAGAUCAUCUUAAGAUAGAGAAAGAUGGACGGCUAGUCAACAGAGCUCCUGCACCACAACUCCCAGCGAGGAUAACAAAUAAUAAUAAUAAUAAUAUCACCUCCAUCACACCGGCCACGCCUACGGCGGUGACUGAACCCACCAGGGAACAACUGAACAGCAUCAAAAAGUAUCAGGAGCAAAUUCGGAAGAGGAAAGAAGAAGAAGAAAGGAUAGCUGCUCAAAACGAGUUCUUGAAUAGAUCGCUGAGAGGUUCUAAAAAACUACAGGCGCUGGAAAAUAGGAUUCAAGGAACGAUCAACGAUGCCUAUUCAGAUGAUGAACUGGUGGAAUCAUCAGGAUCCAUCACACCGACAGUGGCGGCGGAAAAAGAAAUCGUCCACACCACAUAUGGUUACGGAGAUCUAGUAGCUGCUGUACAACGACUACAGUUACAACUCAAGAAAGCAGGAACUGGCGGCGGUCUCAGUGGCAUAGAAGGAAGGGUGGCUGCAGUGCAAUCGCUCCUACUGUCGCCGCAGUUCGGAAAGGCCUUGGCAGUUCACAAUAAAGUACAGGCUGUCCGAACCAGGACGAUUCCAAGGUCGCAGCCCACUGCACAGACCGCCUUGAGAGAUUGUCUCGACGCCCUGGCUAACGUCCAAACUGCUUAUGCUGUUGAGUUGGCAACACUUCUAACAGGGUACGAAUUGGAAGCUCUAAUGGUUGCCCAUGACGGUGUGAUUUCGACGCUACCCCCUGAGACCAUCGUGAACGCAUCACCUCAACCAUCACAGAACACCUUGAGGUCGACAGUGUCGGAUCAUAGGUACGGGGAGGAAAACAUCAAAAUAAUAAAGAUCGAAAAGAGCACUGAACCCCUUGGCGCAACAGUCAGGAACGAAGGGGACGCAGUUGUAGUUGGCCGAGUGGUCAGAGGAGGCGCAGCCCACCAAAGUGGCCUUCUGCACGAAGGAGACGAACUGCUAGAGGUCAACGGGGUGGAAAUGAGAGGUAAAAGUGUAAAUACAGUCUGUGAUAUUCUGCAAACAAUGGAUGGCGAACUGACCUUCCUCAUCGUGCCAGCGUCUCAAGCGAAAUCCUACUCUGGAAGAGAUUCGGUUCUGCACGUCCGCGCCCACUUCGAUUACGAUCCCGAAGACGAUAUGUACAUUCCUUGUAGGGAGCUGGGAAUCAGUUUUCAGAAGGGGGACGUGCUUCAUGUUAUAAGUCAAGAAGAUCCCAACUGGUGGCAAGCCUAUAGGGAAGGCGAAGACGACCAAACUCUAGCUGGACUCAUCCCCUCCCAAACGUUCCAACACCAAAGGGAAAGUAUGAGAUUAGCCGCCGAAGAGAGGAUGUCGAAACCGCAGAGAAAGUCUUCCACCCUCUUGUGCGGCAAAACCGCGCGAAGGAAGAAGAAGAAGGGAGCGUACAGCGAAGGGGGUUACCCCAUGUUUACCAACACCGUAGAAGAAUACGAUCAAGACGAAAUCUUGACUUACGAGGAGGUAUCGUUGUAUUAUCCCAGAGCGAACAGUAAGAGGCCGAUAGUUUUGAUUGGACCUCCGAACAUUGGAAGGCACGAGCUCAGACAGAAGCUGAUGGAAGACGCGGAGAGAUUCGCUGCUGCCAUACCACAUACUUCUAGGGCCAGAAAAGAGAACGAAGUAGAUGGUCAAGACUACCACUUCAUCACAAGAGCCCAAUUUGAGGCUGACAUCCUUUCAAGAAAGUUUGUCGAGCAUGGUGAAUUCGAAAAGGCUUAUUAUGGUACGUCUUUGGAUGCAAUCAGAUCUGUCGUGAACUCGGGGAAGAUCUGCGUUUUAAACCUACACCCCCAGAGCUUGAAGAUUCUUCGAACUUCAGAUUUGAAACCUUACGUGGUGUUUGUUGCACCUCCCAGUCUGGAAAAAUUGAGGCAGAAGAAGAUAAGGAGCGGGGAAUCUUUCAAGGAGGAAGAGUUGAAGGACAUUAUCGAAAAGGCCCGAGAGAUGGAAGAUAAGUACGGACAUUUCUUCGACAUGGUCAUCAUCAACAAUGAUACCGAAAGAGCUUACCACCAACUCUUGGGCGAAAUAAACAGUUUGGAAAGAGAGCCCCAAUGGGUACCAGCCGCUUGGGUCAAAGUGACCUAGUUAAACCGUCGAGAAAGGUUGAUAACGAAUCCUGUUCGAAGAUGGGCAUACCAGACUGAAAAGAAAAAGUUGUACAUAAGAGAAUAAUAAGUCGACUGAUUUAUUUUAAAGUUUAAAUACUUCUAUCGAGGAUAAUAUGAAUUCUAAAAGAAGGAAUCUACGGUUAUCAGACAGAUACAAAACGAAGUGUUUCCGAUGAGGUAAAAUGAAUUUCAGGGAUUUUUAUUCAUAGUUUCUUUCUGAUCGCUUGAUAUUCUAUCGGUAAAGGUGUUAUAAAAAAAAAAGUUAUAUUAGAUAUUCGAAAACUCGGAUCGGUGCUGGAUAAGUGUGCAUCUAUUUUUCCGACCCACAAUUUAGAUCUGCACUCACCCAGUCUAGUUCAGAUGUGAAACUGUCCCGAAAGCUGGCGAACAAAGUUAUGUCGUCCGUGAUGUGUAUUAAAAAAGAGGCGCAAUGAUAUUCAAUUCAGGAAGCAUCGGUGGAACGAACAAAAAAUGAAUCAACAACAAUCAAAAUUAUCAUUUGAAAACUUAUUUGAUUUUUCAAUAUUACAUUGAACUGAAUCGCCCCCUAGAUAUUGAUUCAAAUAUCUCAAAUUCUAAAUUGAUUUUUACGAUAUCCUUUCAAGGGGGAACACCACCAGUUCAAAAUGAUAUUUCUCCUUACAAAUCACCGAUUUUUUUCAUAAUUUCUCUAAACAAAAAUUCAUUACAAAAGAGCCAAAACUCUAAUUUUUAAAAAGACUCGUAAAGUACUUCCUUUCGAUGGAAGUUGGAACUAUUGUAAUAUUCCUAACUUGUACGAGAAGGUCACGUGGUGGUGUUCCUCCUUAACUCGUUGAAUUUUUGUAUUUUGCCCCCCAGUCUAGAAGAAAACAAAAGAGAGAAUUUGUCUUCGACCUUGGGCAGUUAAUUUUGGUGUUCUCCUGAGCGUUUCUCUCAUGAUAUUUUGAGGAAUUAUCCGAGGAAAAAUAAAAGUUUCUAUUGAGCAGUUUUGAAUUUUGAUAUAUGAUAAAAAUUCUAAAUUUUAUGAAAAGAUAAUAAAUCUUGAUUAUAUUAUCACCAAAGGACUAGAGAAAUUGUAAUUAGAUUGUGUAUUAACUAUAUAAAAUAUUUAUCUUUUUUUGUUUUGGAGACAAAUGUUAAAAAAAAAAAUAGGGAUUUCUGAUGAUGAUAAAUUCAAUAAAUCUAUUAGAAAAACUAAAACUUAAACAAAUAAAAAAACUCAUUUGAAAUUUUCUCCAUUAGAAUCGGUGCUUGAUAUUUUGAGUUUAAGAAAACUCCGCAAUAAUUCUAGGAAAUACAAGUGCAAUCGUGAUAUCUACAUUGAAAAUAUCAAACUCAAAAUCCAAUAAAUAUUCGGUUUAUUCAGCCAAUGAGAUUUUUCUAAAACAUCACUUUAUACACAAUAAGUACGAGUUUUCCAAAACUGUGGUUUGAUACCGUUCAGAUUUUAUCAGAUCGAAUAGGUACAUUUCAUUAUACAGGGUGUUUGGUAAAGAUAUGUCAAGAAAAAUUUUAUACUCAUUAAAAAACCGAUAAAAACGUGAGAGGUUGUCAAUUUGAAAUCAAGAAAAAAAAUUGGAACGUAAGAAUGAGUAAGUUUCUUUGAAAGCAGUGGCGAAGCUAGAAGGGGACCUGGGGGAACCACCCUUCCCUUAAAUAUCCAGGAAAUAGGCUUAGAAAUAUUGGCCCCCAUUUCUUGAAAGCUGGCGUCACCACUGUUUGAAAGAUGGUCGAAAAAAUAUUAUCGGAACUGUGUUUUAGUCGAGGAAUCGCCUCCCGAAUUUUUGACCUAUCUUCAUCAAACACCCAGUAUAAAAUUGUUCAAUUAGGUAAUUCUAUUCUUCAGAUCAUGUUGUGGUUGUGACGAAAAAAUUAUUUUAAAUAUAACUGCUGUUUACUUAGUUUUUAUAAGUGUGUGUAGUUCCGCAUAUCUUAAAACUCAUGAGAUUAAAAAAUAGGUAAAAUAGAAAACAAUGUGCAUACUGGAAAAUACUCGGAGAAAAAAAUAGGCACAUGAAAUUGAAUAAUUUACAGAGUCUUACGUGAUACGCUGAAACAAUCAAUGAAAAUUGAAAUUUUCGACUUUUAUCUGCUCCAAUAUAUGCCGAUACACGUUUUUUAUAUCCUUUCUCUGAAAGUGUUUACACAGGUAUAUAUUUUUUUGCUGUGUUGAAUUUUGGUGUAUAUCGAAUCAUUUUAAAAUAGUGGCUUCUUCCUUAUCGAAAUUACAUUUGUAUAUGAACUUGUUGUAGGAGGAAUUCAAAGACGGCAAUAAUCGUUGUAUAUUACUAAGUGAUAGAUUUGGAAUAUUGUUUUGUCUAUAGUGAAAUUAGACCAAUCGAAUGAAAUGUAAAUAUCAGGAGCGCUCCUUUCAAAAACUCCAAUCUCGUAUUGCUCACAGAAAAAAUGAAUCGAUGUUUUAGAAAUAUGUUUGAAUAAAGAUAUUUCACACUAGUCCACAUGAUGAAAACAAAUAUUUCAUUGGAAAAGGUAAAUGAUAGAAUAUGUAUUAUGAUUAAUUUACUCUACUCUAAUUGUAUAAGACACUUUAUUUAUUUAAACUUCCUUUGCCAUUUAGGUAUUGUUUCGAUUGAUUCUGAGUAGGGGUGUUUUGAUUUAUCCCUUCGUGUGUAUUACUGAUGCAGAUCAUUAUAUAUUACUGUGUAUUAAGUCUCCAAUACUAGUUUUUCUGUAAAAUUUGUGAUUAUCUUCGACAAAAUCCUGAUUGCAGGUUCAAUGUAUUGCAAUAUUAAUUAUUCUGUCCAAACCGUCUUUCAUAUAUAAUUAUAUUUAUAUAUACUUAAUUUUUCAGUCUCUUUUUGAAUCACUUAUUUACUGAGAUGAAGUCAUAUUUACUUAUAUGUAUAAAUAUUUGUUCAUUUUUAUUUUUGUUAAUUUUUAAUUGUAUGUAUAUAAAAGAUAUCAGAUGUAAAUAUAACCAGACCCUAUGGUGUCUGUUGUAGUUUGUAAAAAUCUAAACUGUUUGGAAAAUAUGACUUCGGGUUCCUUUUAUUCAUACAUUUUGUUAUGCAUAAAUCAUUGUUUUAGAAAUGCAAAAAUAUACAUUUCUCACUAUUA